AUGCAUACCAGAAGUGAGACUAACUGGCUGGAUGUCAGCCGUAGUAGGGACGGUACUUUUGUCAUUCGCGACUAUGGCCGGUUAGGACAGAUAGCAUCGGAACUUGUCCGACCUGGUCAUCAGCAUCCCACCCUUUCAGUCUUCCUUGGCAAAAAAACGAAGGAUAUUGCUCUACAGUCGAUCUUUCCCCAGAAUAAUAUUAGGCGAACAAAACCAAGGGCAAGUAUCGGCUUGCGAUAUGAUAUGAUUACAGUCGACAGCGACAACCCAAUACUCUUUGCAGAUGGAGACCUUAGUACAGACAGGGAUCAUCACGACCCUAUGCCAGGGGUGCAUGACUACUCGGUCACGUGGGAUCAUAGCAUCGACGCAUUGAAAUUAAUAUAUGCGUGCUUGUUAUUUUUAUUUUCGGAUUGUGUCUGUAUCUUUGCCGAUGACUAUCCCAAUCUCCUUACUGUAGCCGAAUUUUUAGUUGUUUGUACCCGCUUCCGACCUGCGUCAGGGCUGCCUGAGGCAAUCCGGCCCCGGGUACUUGUGGUGCUACAGAACGAUCCAGGCAACGCUAUGAUUGAUAAAUUCCACGAAAAACUCCGAGAGGUUGAUUCAGCCUCCUUCUCCGGGUCAUUCUAUUCCGUCAAUUUGUUCUAUUUGGGCCAGGCCUAUUCGGAGUCAACGAGAUACGAUAGUCUGCGCACAUGGAUUAAAAUCCAAACCAAUAAUAUACAGGCUGCCCGCCGGGAAAAGUGGGUAUGGUGGAAUAUAUUACACCUAAAGGCAUUGUUUCUGUCGGCAAUCCGGCAAUUUACCUCCGAUGACCCUCCUCAAUUUGAUAUCGUAAAGGCCUCCAGGGAAGCGAAUCCUGUCACUACCGGAUUGAGUAGCCAUAUCUCACAUUUCUUAGAGCUCGGCGUCCAGGAGGGAUGCCUCUUGGAAAUUUUACUUUCGGCUAUCGCGUCUGCCUUGCUAAUGGACCAUUACACACCCGAGAUGAUACUACUGGAUCCAAAAGCAGUGUUCCAGACACUAUAUCGUUCCUCGAUCGUCCAGGCAUUUCGCAAUUACAGAGGCCCAGCCUUUUCCCGUCCGUUGGCGAUCAUAGUUUAUGACUUGGAGCGAGACUUUGUGAGACAGUUUCACUCGCUAGUCGAUCGCGGACUGGCAUCCGUGGACCAUCGGCGUGAACAGCUUUUGUCAAUGAACUAUGAGCUGGGUCGUCUGCAAUCAGACAGAAUUUGCCUCUACUGCCUUGUUCGCACCGCGCAACACGCCCUGCCCUGUUGUCAUAACAUUUGCGAUGUUUGUCCUCAACUAUUUGGGACCCCAGUGUCCAGCGCAGAGUAUCAGUUCACACUGUCUUCCUGCCUCCUUUGUAAUUCCCAGGCCAAGUUUGUGGUCGAUGUCUUGCCACCUACCAUGAAUCCAACAAUUCUAGCGAUCGACGGUGGGGGUGUUCGGGGAGGAAUUCCGUUGGAGUACAUGAUCAUGGUCCAAGAAAGUUUAGGCCCUGGCUGUCAGUUACGAGACCUCAUUGAUCUUGCCAUUGGGUCCAGCUCGGGUACAGGAGGCUUGCUAGUUCUAGGCCUAAUUGGCAUGGAGUGGGACGUGUCUCUAUGCUCCGAAAAAUUUGAUUUCCUCGCCCGUCGGAUCUUCCGCGAGCGCCGACAGCCAGUAGUAUCUCGACUGCUUCACGCAAUUCUUGGACAGGAUUCGCUGCUAGGUAACAUUCCAAAAUGGCUAUCAUGGUUUCUCCACGACAGUUGCUACGACCCGAGGCUGUUCGACACUACUCUACAGGACGCGUUCAGCAGAUACAAACGUAUUUUUGAUCCAGCUUGCGGGACCUCUCAUCCAACGCUUCAGUCCAAACCAAAGUUUGGAGUUGUUGCAGCAAGCAUCGCCAAGGACACACGAUCUUUCAUUUUUGGCAAUUUCAAUGCGGUAGAUUGGUUUUCAAAGGGUUAUGAUUAUGAGUUAUUCCGAGCUGAAACCAGAGAUACGGAACCUUUGAUGUGGGAAGUUGCAAGGGCUACUGCAGCCGCGCCAUUCUUUUUCUCAACGGCGCAUCUUCGGGACAUUGGUUCCUUUCAAGAUGGGGGAUUACAGGACAACUUCGCUGCUGGUAUUGCUUCCAGACUUUAUCGCCGAAUAUGGCCUUCCAAGAACGGAAUCGCAAGGCUUAUCUCAUUGGGUACCGGUGACACCGGCCCCUCCUCUGAGCGAUCACCACAUUUUCGCCAUGUUUUCCGGGAUGGAUUUCUCAGAAGGGGAUUUGACGCCUUCAUGGCAAAUUUGGGUGCUGCGUCUAAGUGGCGGCUACUGGUGGAACAGCUGAACAGCGCCGUAAGGCCCGACUAUAUCCGGAUGGACGUAUCUUUGAAUGACAUGGCAUGUACAAUCGACAAUGUCGAAGCCAUGGAUGAUUACCGUAAUUUAGUCAUUCUCCAGCCUGGGAGUGCCAAACAGGCCCGAGAAGCAGCAACGGCUCUGCUUGUUGCUCGCUUCUAUUUCGCGUUGGAUCAUCAUGUGGAGGAAACAUUUUCUGAGACACUAACCUGGUGCCACGGCACAAUUCGAUGUAAAGGACCAGCCAAACCUAUCGUCAAUGCUCUUCGCCAGCUUCACCCAGAAACUAUCGAGUUCACCACUGAUUCAGAGUCCCUCGUCAAGUUCGGUGGCCUUGGUGACAUAUGCCUUACCUGUGGACGCUACAAAAAACACGUUGCCCUCCUUUUAAGACAUCCGGCAGAGGAAAAAAACAUAUAUUUACGUAUCGGCCGCCAUCAGAAGUGGAGAAUUAGCGGAUUUCCCGCCAGUGUACAAUCUCUUGACACGAUACAGCGACUAGGAGAUCAUCCAUUCGGCCGGCCCGAUCAUGGGCGGCCAUCUAUUGGCCCGUGUGAUUCGUGUGAUAGUCAGCCCAGUCGUUUUCGGGGGCUUCGCAGAAAGCGUACAUCGUCAAUAUCUGCGGAAGACAUGGGUGGGAAACGAGUUUGUAUCGUGGGGUAA